GCGCAAUAAAUUUCAAGGUGGGGGAGCCUUAUACGUCAUAUACUGUAAGUGGUUUCAAUCAUAUGGCGCUAGGAAGGUAGCAAGAAAUUUAUAUGUAGCUGGUUUCACAGUGAAACCACUAAAAACAAAGGGUUAAAAGAGCCAUUUGAAAAACGGUUAUGGUGUAUUGUUACAGAUUAAAUUAUUGUUCCAACAUACGCUGCUCGUGACUUAAAUACUAAGCAUUGUAUAGUAUAAUUAUUUAUAAAUACUUUAUAAUUCCAAUGUCUAUGGCCAGAGGUCAAAUUAGAUCCGGCAACGUUGCACCGACUGCACCCACUGCCCGAAGUCCAUUCCUAGCGGAAAAGACCAAAAGCAUACCUGCACCAACUGAAGGACUACACUAUCAAAAACCUUGCACUUAAAGAUCUAGACGGUAACGGGGAAAACGUAUAUCGAGGUGAACGUACACGAGUGUAUUUGGACGAAGGGAGAAGGUGAAAACAUACACGUUGUCGCUUUCCAUUGAGCAUUGGUGUAACGUUAUCUUGUUUCUGUAGGGUAUUGCUGGACUCAUGGAUUCGAGUAAGGUAAAGGUAGUCACCUGUAUUGCUCCAGUCAAUAUAGCUGUGAUCAAAUACUGGGGAAAAUCAGACGAAAACUUGAUAAUUCCGAUCAAUGACUCGCUUAGUGGCACACUUUCCAUGGACUUCAUGUGCGCAAAAACAACAAUAAUAGCGAGCCCGGAAUUACAAGAAAACACAUUCUGGCUGAACGGAAAAGAACAAAGCUUCAACAACAAAAGAUUAACUAACUGUUUACAGGAAGGUUGGUGAACUCAUUAAAAAAUGUCGCUUGAUUUUGAAUAACAAUUACAAUUAUGACAAUGCGCGUUUUUGUAAAAUAUUAAGCAAUUAGUAAUGAUGCUUAAGAGACACGCACGGAAGGAAAAUUAGCAAUGCUAAUUAGCUAUGCGACUAAAAUCUUCCACAGUUUGUUUUUUAAUAACUUUGUAAUACCCUAUGGGCCUUCGAGGCUUUCUUUUUCGGGAUAUAAGGUGUCGGAGUUAUGAUUGAUUGAAAAAUUGAAUUUCCCACCAAAAAUUAUCGCAAAAAAUUGUUUCAUGCGUGCUUCGAAGACCCCUAAUUUGACGUAAGCAAAAUUGUAUCUUCUAAUACGAAUGAGAUUUUUAAAUUAAAAAACGAUAUAAUAAAGCAGUUUCAAAAGCACCUAGGUAAACAUAAAAAAAAUGGGGAAAAGGGCACGUCCUCUUACUCUCAACAAGCCUAACUGGGCGAGGUUCCAAAAAGUGAAAAGUCCGAUUAUCUCCCCUUAUGCGUCAAGUCCCAUUGUUAGCGAUAGUAUACUCGUAUUUACACUCUUCCAACUCCGCUAGUUCUACACACCUUCUGUUUUUAGUAAAGCGCCUAGCUAGCAAAUCCCUACCUCAUCUGAACUGGAAGUUUUCCAUCAAAUCUGAGAACAACUUCCCGACAGCGGCAGGUCUGGCAUCAUCGGCAGCCGGAUAUGCUUGUCUAGUUUCAGCUUUGGCCAAGCUGUACGAGAUAGAAGAUAAUGUUUCCUUCAUAGCUAGGAUGGGAUCUGGGAGUGCUUGUAGGAGCAUGUAUGGUGGAUGGGUUCUUUGGUGUAAAGGAUCAUCUCCUGAUGGUAGGGACUCGAUCGCAAAGCAAAUUGCGCCAGCUUCUCAUUGGCCAGAAAUGAGAGUAUUAAUAUUAGUAGUGAAUGAUGAAAGGAAAAAGUACAGUUCUACUGAUGCAAUGAAGAGAAGUGUCGAAACCAGUGAACUUCUUAAAUACAGAGCAAACCAAAUAGUUCCAAAAAUGACCAAAGCAUGCAUAGAAGCUAUUCAGAAAAAAGACUUUGAAAUCUUUGCUGAGAUCACUAUGAAGGAAUCCAAUAGCAUCCAUGCAAUAUGUCAAGACACAUAUCCGCCUUGUGUUUAUUUGAAUGACACAUCCCAUACUGUUGCUAAUGCCGUUCACGCUUAUAAUGAAUUCAAAUCGUCAAACAAAGUGGCAUAUACAUAUGAUGCAGGCCCCAAUGCAGUCUUGUACUUAUUAGAUUCGAGUGUAGACGAGUUCAUGUCAGUUAUAAAUUAUCUUUUCCCACCUCAAGAUACUGCAGAGUAUUAUAAGGGUUUGCCUCUGUCAUCCAAUCAGUUGUCACAGGAUUUAAAAAUGGCACUGAACAUCCCUGUUCAAGAGCCAGGAUGUCUCAAAUAUAUCAUCCAUACAAAAAUUGGAGAAGGUCCUAAAAUUCUGACUGAUCCUCAACAACAUUUAUUGUGAAAAACUGGAUAUAUCUUGUUUUGGCCAAUGUAAUAAUUCAAUAAUAUGGUUGAAUAUAGAUAAUCUAAAGCAUCUGUCAUAGCAGGAUCUAAACAUAUUUUGUAAUCUGGUGGUUAAAAUCAAUAAAAUACAUUUUGAACAAAUUAA